AUGAGGAUUCACUUCAAGAGCACAUCAACGGAAUUGUGGAGAAUUGUUGAAGAAGGUUACUUUGUUCAUGAUCCAAAGAACUUGUCACCAAGAGAGUAUGUGAACAAUCAACUCAAUGAGCAUGCCAUUAGAAUACUCCUCAAGGCUCUACCCUUGGAGUAUAGAACAUUUGUCCAUGGUGUUGAUUCCGCUAGAGAUGCUUGGAAGCUCAUUGGUGACCACUUUGACAACAAUGAGAGUGUUAGAAAGUCAAAGUUUGAAGUGGUCAUCAAUGAGUGCAAAAAUUUCUUCAUGAAGGAUGAAGAGGUUCCGGAUGAGCUUUAUAGGAGAGUCAUCACCCUUGCAGCCAAGAUGAAAGAUCACGGAAGUCGUGACAUCAAUGAUGAAUGGCUCAAGCGUCUAUUCAUAGAAGCCAUCUCCCCACACCGAGAGGUUCAUGCCACAAUGAUAAGGCAAAGAACGGACUACUAUAGUUUGACUCCAAGUCAAGUGAUGGGAGAGUUUGUAGCUAUGGAUAUUCUCAAGAAGACCUCCGAGGACAACCUCAUUCGAGCCAAGUUCCUCUCACAAAGAUCAAGCCUUGCAUUGAAGGCCAACGUGACUCCCACCUCAACUCCAUGUGAAGCACCCCAACAAGAAGAGGUUGAGAUCACGAAAGAAAAUUGCCACUAUGAGUUUAGUGAUCACAUGGCUCUUGCGGCCCAAGCUUUUUGGAAAAACAAGAAGUUUGUCAAGACCAACACCUUCAACCCCAACAACUUCUACAACAACAAGGGAGCUUCAAGCUCCAAGCCCAAAGGUCAAAGAUCUCAUGAUGAUGAUGAUGAAGAGUCCACGGAGAGGGCAAACAUUGCCAUUGCUCCUUCACUUCCAUCUCUCUUCGACUCCCCCAAUGAGAACAAGAACCGCUCACCCAAGUGCCUUAGGGCCAAGACCUCUUCGGUAAUCCCUGCUCCCACCAAACAUGUCAUUCCUAAGAGUUUAUCUCUAUUUGAUUGUGUGGAGGAGAGUAGUGUUGUUGAGCAUAGCAUGAAUGAGUUCGAGAUCUUCAUGGCGACCUUAGAAGGUGAGACCAAAAAGAGGUUUGAGGACCUCUUGGAAAAACUAGGUGAAGCUCAAGCUAUUAUUGAAGAACAUGAUGAGCUCAUGGAUGAAAAGAUAAGACUUGAGUGUGUUGCCGCUCAUGAGAUUGCGGAGCUUAAUGAAGCUCUUGAGGAAGAACAAGCAAAUAGGGAAGCAAUUGAGGAGUCACUUUCUAAGGAACUUGCUAAAGUUAAAGAUUCCUAUGAUAAUGAUAUUUCCCUUGCUCAUGAGUACUUAGGUAAAAUAUGUGAACUAGAGGAUGGUCAUAGGAACCUCCUUGAGGAUUUUGCCAAUCUUGGAAAGGAUCACAAAUCCUUGACAAGUGAGUACAAGUCUCUCAAAGAAUCUUGUGAUCAUCUUCUAUAUUCUCUUGUGAAGGAACUAAUCUCUAAUGAUAAAGAUGCUUCAACUAACCCUUGUUGUAAGCAUACAUCUAUGCUUGAGGAGAAUGUUAGGUUGAAGGCCCAACUUGAAAAGGGCCUAGCCACUUGCUUCCAAGACGAGAAAAACCUCCAUGAUCUUUUGAAUGAUCAUAAAAAAGUUUUUGAAUUGGAGGGAAUUGGGUACAACCCCAAUGAGAAGAGCAACAACAAGAAGAAGGCCAAGUCACCUCCCCACACUAAUGCUUAUUUUGAGGUUGCUUCCAGUGGAUCUUCAUGGAUAGUGGAUAGUGGAUGCACUAAUCAUAUGACCGGGAGCAAAGAAUUGCUUGUGGACGCCAAAAUGAGUACAUCAAGGUCCAAGCAAGUUACAUUUGGAGAUUCUUCACAAUCAACGGUAUUGGGACUAGGCAAGGUUGUCAUCUCUCCGGAUACAUCCAUUGAGAAUGUCAUGCUUGUUGAGUCCCUUUCAUACAAUUUACUUUCAGUACUUCAACUUGCACAUAUGGGUUUCUAUUCCUUCUUUGGCACAACUAGUGUGACCCUUUUGUGGAGCAAGACUCUUAAAGUAGCCUUUGUUGGAUAUGUGGAAAAUGGUCUCUAUGUGGUAGAUUUCGGAAAGUUACAUGAGAAGGCACAUCACCACAAGAUAAUUAUCACAUCAACGAGGCCCUUGGAGCUCCUUCAUAUGGAUCUCUUUGGUCCUCCUACAUAUGAUAGUCUUGGUGGUAAGAAAUAUUGUUUGGUUAUUGUUGAUGACUAUUCUACGUACACUUGGGUAUACUUCUUCAAGCAUAAGAGUGAGACCCAGCAAACCGUCAUCGACUUUGCCAAUGAAGCUCAACGCCAAUACAAUGCAAAGAUUAUGGCUAUUAGGAGUGAAAAUGGCUCCGAGUUCAAGAAUUACACCUUGAUUGAGUUUUUGAGUGAUGAGAGUGUUCGUUUAUCUAAAUUUGAGCCUAAAACUUAUGAGGGCAUAUUUCUUGGCUAUGCAUCAAACUUCCACACUUAUAGAGUUUACAACAAAUCCACCGUAUGUGUUGAAGAAUCUUGUAGUGUGGAGUUUGAUGAGAAUAAUGGUUCCCAUGUGGGGCAAGUUGAUGUUGUGGAUGUAGAUGAUGAAAUUCCUCCCCAAGCCAUACGAAGAAUGGGCAUAGGUCAAAUUAUGCCCGUUGAGGAUCCCCGUAUGGAAGAAGGAGAAGGACAAUGCUCUACUCAAGUGGAGCCCUCAUCUCCACAAGAUCCACAAGCUAGCCAAGAACAAGAACAAGUCCCUCAUGUUGAUGAACAAGUUGAUCUAGGACAAGAUCAAGAAAAUGUUGAUGUUGGUGAUUCUUCACCAAAUGAUGUUCAAGAUCAAGAUCUUCAAAAUGUUCAUGCUUCCAUUGAGCCUCAAGAUCAAUCUCAAGAAGGAACGUCGGGCCAUGAAGAUUGCCUCACGACUUCAACGUCAAGAACAUACAUUGAACAAUGUCCUAGGAAGUGUGAGGAAAGGGGUAACUACUCGUAG